UUAAUUAUCUCGUCUCUCUAAUCACUUACUAACCCUGAUUAAAUGAUUGUUUUCCUCUUUAUAUUUAACCCACUUCACUUUCUUCCUCCCAGUGUUUCUCCCCCCUCUCUAACAUGGGAAUCAUGUCAUUCCACCAGACUAGUUACUCAGAUUAUGAUUCUCAAUCACACUCUGGCCACCUUCAGGCAAACCUGCCUACACUUUGUUCGCAGCCAAGCCUCCCAUCAGUACCUUUCCUCACCUCAAAACCCCAUCAUCGCCACCAAGAAAUCCUAUCGACCACCCACCACCACUGCGUCGCCACUCUGAAAGGCCACUCCUCUUAUAUAUCCUCACUAACCCUCGCAGGAAAGUUCCUUUACAGCGGCUCUGACAAAGAAAUACGACUGUGGAAGCGAAACCCUUUAGAUUCUGAAAUAGAUCAGGAAAACCUAAGCAACAACGUAGUGGCUGUGGGUAACGGUGCAGUGAAGUCUCUGGUAGUUUUGGCAGAAAAACUCUUUAGUGCUCAUCAAGAUAACAAAAUCCGAGUAUGGAAAACGAAUAACCAGGAGAGUACUAGUCAGCAGAAGUACACACGUUUGGCCACUUUACCAACACUUGGUGACCGUGCCUUUAAGAGUCUGUUGCCAAGGAAUCAAGUUCAGAUUCGAAGGCACAAAACAUGCACAUGGGUUCAUCAUGUUGACACAGUAUCUGCACUUGCCUUGUCGAGUGACGAGUCCCACCUCUACUCCGUUUCAUGGGAUCGGACAAUUAAAAUAUGGAGAACGAAUGACUUCAAGUGUUUGGAGUCGGUAGCCAAUGCUCAUGACGAUGCUAUAAAUGCAGUGGCAUUGUCGAAUGACGGGAAUGUUUAUACCGGAUCGGCCGACAAGAAAAUCAAGGUGUGGAGGAAAAGUUCAGAAGAGAACAAACACUUCCUGGUUGCCACGCUAGAAAAACACAUGUCUGGGAUUAAUGCCUUGGCGCUAAGCACUGAUGGGUCUGUUUUAUACUCCGGCGCGUGUGACCGAUCAAUAGUAGUAUGGGAGAAGGAUGAUGAUGGCAACAUGGUGGUUUUGGGAGCCCUUAGGGGCCAUACACAGUCCAUAUUGUGCUUAGCUGUUGUCUCUGAUUUGCUGUUUAGUGGUUCUGCAGAUAAAACCAUUAGAAUUUGGAGAGGUGUUGAUAGAAGUUACUCUUGCUUGGCAGUUUUGGAAGGGCACGGAGGCCCUGUCAAGUGCUUGACGGCAUCAAUUGACCGUUCCUCAUCUGAUGCAUCGCUUCUUCUUUACAGUGGGAGUUUGGACUGUGAUAUCAAAGUGUGGCAAAUCAAUGUCCCUCUUCUAUAAAAGAUUUCUUAAAAUUUGGAGUCUCGACUGUACUUUUUGUAAAUAGAAAUGGAGAGAUUGCUAUACUUUUUUGUUC